CAUGCCUCGAACUUGGUCCUGCGUGGAUGCGCUGAUGACCAACAAGUACAGGCGUGAUGAGUGCCCUCGCCUUCCAGCGGGAGCUGUACCUCUCCUCGGCAGCCACGUCGCUCCGGAGCCAGGGCACGUUGGGGGGCGGGCGGCAGGGCGAGGUCCUGGGGAUCUAGGGCCGCGCAAACACACUGCGUCCCCGACGCCGCACCAGCACCCACCAGCAGCCCCCUGGAACCUCGGGGCCUCCAGGGAGUCCCUGAGGGCGGUCGCGGGGCGCAGUCCCGGGCGGCGAGCGGGCUCCGCUCCUCCGGCGCGGCGUGGGCGAGGGGAGAGGCGCUCGGGGGUCCCCCGGGCGCUCGCCGCCGCUUGGGGCUGUGCCUGGGCAGGUGCCCGGCGGGCGGCGGGCAGUGGGCGGUUACCCGGUAUUUGGGCGGGGGUAAGGGGGUGUCCCUGCGUUGCCGAGAACCUCGUUAACCCUCCUUUCGGGCCUGGCUCCUCCCCUUCCAGGCGUGGGGCUCGUGCCCGCCGCUGCCUGCGCGCACCGCGCCUCUGCUCGCGUCUCCCCCCACCCAGCCAGCUCCUGCCAACGCUUCCCCCUCCUCCUCUUCCUCCUCCUCCGCCCAUCACCGCCACUACGGACGCCUUCGCCUCGUUCUACUCCUCGCGCCGCCGCCACUCCUCGCGCUCUCCUUCGGCUGCUACCAGCCCGUCGCUCCCUGCUCGCCGGGCUGCUGCAGUCUGUCUGUCUGUCUGUCUCUCUCUCAAGUUUCCUAUCUCCUUAAGAUCAGGGCAAAGGGAGGAAAACACCCAAUUCUGCUUGCCGUUUCAGUGGUGAUGAAGAUGAAACUGAACAUCUGCAACAUGCAGUUGCUGCUUCUUGUUUUCUUGGUGUGGGACCCAGCCAGGUUGGUGCUGGCUAACAUCCAAGAAGAUGAGGCUAAAAAUAACAUUACCAUCUUUACAAGAAUUCUAGACAGACUUCUGGAUGGUUACGAUAAUCGGCUUAGACCAGGACUGGGAGACAGUAUUACUGAAGUCUUCACUAACAUCUAUGUGACCAGUUUUGGCCCCGUCUCAGAUACAGAUAUGGAAUAUACAAUAGAUGUUUUCUUUCGACAAAAAUGGAAAGAUGAACGGUUAAAAUUUAAAGGUCCUAUGAACAUCCUUCGACUUAACAAUUUAAUGGCCAGCAAAAUCUGGACGCCAGAUACCUUCUUCCACAACGGGAAAAAAUCAGUAGCACAUAAUAUGACAAUGCCAAACAAGCUUCUUCGAAUCCAGGAUGAUGGGACUCUGCUAUACACAAUGAGGCUUACAGUUCAAGCUGAAUGUCCAAUGCACUUGGAGGAUUUUCCAAUGGAUGCCCACUCAUGUCCUCUGAAAUUUGGCAGCUACGCAUAUACAACCUCGGAGGUCACUUACAUUUGGACAUACAAUGCAUCUGAUUCUGUACAAGUUGCUCCUGAUGGCUCUAGGUUAAAUCAGUAUGAUCUGCUGGGCCAAUCAAUUGGGAAGGAGACAAUUAAAUCCAGUACAGGUGAAUAUACCGUAAUGACAGCUCAUUUCCACUUGAAAAGAAAAAUUGGGUAUUUUGUGAUUCAGACAUAUCUGCCUUGCAUCAUGACUGUCAUUCUCUCCCAAGUGUCAUUCUGGCUUAACAGAGAAUCUGUGCCUGCAAGAACUGUGUUUGGAGUAACAACUGUUCUAACAAUGACAACUCUAAGCAUCAGUGCUCGGAAUUCUCUCCCCAAAGUGGCUUAUGCAACUGCCAUGGACUGGUUUAUUGCUGUUUGUUAUGCGUUUGUGUUCUCUGCCCUAAUUGAAUUUGCAACUGUUAAUUACUUCACCAAAAGAGGAUGGGCUUGGGAUGGAAAGAGUGUAGUAAACGACAAGUCCCCUUCAAUAAAAGCUGAAGGCAUUAUAUUAAUAUACAACUCAGUGAAGGCAAUUCUUCAAGGAGCUAAGUUAAUAUGGUCCAAGUAUAUAGCUUUAUCAUGGCCCAGUUUAAUCCAAGGAAAGACUUUAGAGUACUUAGAGAAGUGGAUGGACUGUAUAACCUUCAAACACUCUUCUAAAAAAGAAAAAGCCUCUGUCAUGAUACAGAACAAUGCUUAUGCAGUGGCAGUUGCCAAUUAUGCCCCGAAUCUUUCAAAAGACCCAGUUCUCUCCACCAUCUCCAAGAGUGCAACCACGCCAGAACCCAACAAGAAGCCGGAAAACAAGCCAGCCGAAGCCAAGAAAACCUUCAACAGUGUUAGCAAAAUUGACAGAAUGUCCAGAAUAGUUUUCCCAGUUUUGUUUGGUACAUUUAAUUUAGUUUACUGGGCUACAUACUUAAAUAGAGAACCUGUAUUAGGGGUCAGUCCUUGAAUCUAGACACAGGUUGUCUUUGGGAUGUAUAGCAACAUUAAACCUGGUUUGUUUUGCCAUGUACAGUCUGACUAAUAACUGCUAAUUUGUGAACCAACAUGUACAGUAUGUAUAUAGCAACAUAGCUUAUAGACCUCUAAUAGAGACACGCAUUUGCUAACUUGUGGUACUGCAGGCAGAAAGCACCCCAUGCCCAAAAAGCCAUUGCCUUUUUAAAAGAUUUACCCUAGGAACUGGUUUAAAGUGGAUUUCAGAUGACCUGAUUUAUUUUCUCUUUUCCUAACAGUGAUGAAAAUGGAGAUCCUAUACCACAUUUUAUGGACCCUUUUGAUUUAGGUCUUACAUAGGAGUAUUUUCUACUGUUGCAUAACUAUAAUGUAAAUAUUGUCGUUCCAAGAUGAAUUCCUCUAAAUAACAGAACCUCAUAUCUGCAACAUCAGUUCCCUUCCUGAGUGCUCAGAAUCCCUGCUAGUAUAAUUGGAAGCUUAGUACACAUCAGAAGAAAAACUAGAGAUUUGAAAUCAGCUUUUAAUUACUCUGUAUAGUGUCUAUAGCCAUGUACAUAUUACAGCAUGACAAAUUCAAAUAAUUAUGAGUCACCCUGACAGGAUGUUCAUUAUGCCUAGAAUUUAAUAACUAUUGGAAUGUCAUGGUCAUCACACUUUUAGCAUCAGAGUUUAUUUGAAAGUAAUAAUUGAAAUCCUACAGAUUAUUUUAAUCAUUGAAAACUACCUUAAAUUUUAAAAAAAGACAAUAAAUAGGUCUUACUCUUUCCAGUAUGUGUUGUAUUGAAAUUGAUCAGCUAAAUUUUCUUGGUGCUGGAGACUGGAAAAAACAUCCAGUUUGGCUGCUGUGGAGCAACAUUCAUACUGGAUUAGAAAAUUGUGCCAAAAACUCCCAUCAAUGAGAAUUCAUAGGUGUCACAGAAUAUAUAUAAGCACUUAUACGAUUCUCUCCUUUCCUGUUUACUGCAAAUUCUGCCUUAAGGCUUCUUUUCAUCAGGACUCAGAAGCCACUAAUUACAAAGGAAAGGGCAGUUAAUUGGCACAUUUUUCUGUCUUGAAAGCAGCUCUUUCAGAUAAGAAUUAAUGUAAAUCUGCUUUUGUAAAUUGCAACUUUAAAUUUCUCUGACUCAAAUUUGCAGCUUUGUAUACCUGAAGAGGUUUUGGUAGGAGUUGAACAUUUUUAAACUGAAACUUUAAAG